AGAGAGAGAGAGAGUCAGCAGAGCGUUACCGACCAAGCGCCCUGGUACACACAUACACACAUAGAUCUCUACACGACACGAUAAUUCCUCUUCCACCCACCGGCUCUCAGCAGAACAAACACACGCUGCUUUAGCCGUCGCGUGAUUUUAUAUCUUAUGAUACCUCGUCUCGUGAUCUGGGCUACAACAUAGCACGAGCAGUUACUUAUACAACGUUGGGAAGGCUAUAUUUAUGUGUGUUGUGACUGUGCGGCUGAGAUGUGAUUGAUAUUCCAUGUAUGAUGUGUGUACAAGAUCUCGAUCUUGAUCUCUAAUCUAUCUUUGGUACGUACUCGAAUGUCAGAAGAAUGAUAAUUAAUGUAGAGUAAACAUGUAGAAGAAUAAAUACGAUCGAGUUAAGAGCACGGGUAGUCUUGUACUUGUUUUGUUUUGUUUUUCUAAAAUUAAGUCGGCCUUCAUCAUGGAAACUGAUUCAUUGUUAGAAAUUAAUUUGCGAACCGAUUGAACUCUGCGAAACAACAGGUCUACCACCCCCAUGUUUAGGUGUACGCGUACGCAUGCGCAGAGCAAGCAGGAAGUUAAAAGUGAAGAGGUAAACAAUCUAAGGAAAGCACUUCCACUAUCAGCUGACUGUCGUGUGUGAGGGUUUGACUAGGGGCGUCAUCAGUUAGCUACUGUAUCAUUCAGUGUAUGCCGAGCUCCUAUCACAAGUCAUAACCUUUUGAACCAAGAGGCCUUAAGUUCGAUAAAGGAACACAUUAUAUUCUAUAGAUGAUCGUAAUGCAAGUCUUGAUCUCAGUGAUUAGAAUCCGAUAAUUAUUAGAUCUAGCUGGCGUCUGGCUGGUGAUUGAUUGAUUAUCAUAUUAUUAGGCAUAAAUAGUUGUUCAUCAUAGAUUUAAAAGAUUGAUAAAAAGCGAUAUUACUACUAUGAAUUUUCAAGGCACUAAUCAUUUGGCUGUUGAGGAGAGCAUGGAAGAAAUGGCUUCCGAACGAACUCGAUUGUUGGGAUCUGAUUCAAAUUCAAAUGAUGGAAGUGUGAUUCGGAACAGACCAGGAUACUCUCUUGGAUCAAAUUCUAGUAGUGACAAUGAGAAUGGAGAAUCAUCAGGACUAAAUCAACACCUACACAGGUUGACACGAAGUUUAAGCACUGCUCCACCAAAUCCAUUUGAAAACGAGGGUUCUGCGAGUUCACGGAAUGGUUCUUCUACGAGAACACUUGGCACAUUUAUGGGCGUGUUUUGCCCUGUUGCCAUGUCCAUGUUUUCAACUCUUCUUUAUUUGAGAGCUGGAUUUGUGGUCGGUCAAGCUGGACUGUUGGAGACCUUUUCUCAGCUCAUCCUGGCGUACUUCAUCCUGGUCAUGACGGUCCUGUCCAUCUGUGCCAUCUCCACAAACGGGGCUCUGGAGGGAGGGGGAGCCUACUACAUGAUAAGCAGAGCCCUGGGCCCAGAGUUUGGGGGCAGUAUAGGGUUUCUCUUCUAUGUGGCCAACAUUCUGUCGUGUGCCCUCUACACCACCGGCUUUGUGGAGGGAAUCAUUCAGAACUUUGGGGAAGGUGGCAGUCUGGUGAGUGGCGACUCAUCCGGUCUGCCGGUUAACAACGAGUGGUGGCGCUACCUGUACGCGACCGUCUCCCUCUUCAUCUGUCUGCUCAUCUGUAUCGUGGGAGGGGCCAUGUUUGCCAGGACCUCCGCCAUCAUUCUUUUGAUUGUGGUAGUGUGUACCCUGUCCGUGAUGAUCAGCGUCUUCGUGAAGAGUGGGGACGUGGACGUGGAAAUACCAAAGACCAAUGACAUCGCCUGGUUCAACAAAAGCGACGAUGCCAACAUCACCGGGCUCUACACGGGCCUCAACGGCACCACGUUCCGAGAAAACUUACACAGUGAAUACACCAUUGAUUACAACACAAAAAAUCAAAUGGACUACGCCACGGUGUUUGCCAUCUUGUUCAGCAGUGUGACUGGCAUCCUGAACGGAGCGAAUAUGUCCGGUGAGCUGAAGGAUCCCUCCAAAGCCAUCCCAAAAGGCACACUGUCGGCGGUGUGCUUCACCUUCAUCACCUACAUCAUCAUGAGCAUUCUCAUUGGUGGUUCCUGCACCAGGUACCUCCUGGUCAAUGACUACGUGUUUCUCCAGCAAGUGAACGUGUGGCCGCCGUUCGUCGUGGUGGGAAUCUUCGCAGCCACGUUGUCGGCCGCGCUGGGCAAUCUGAUCGGAGCUUCACGGGUGUUGGAGGCUUUGGGCAACGAUCAGCUGUUCUGGUUUAUCCUAAAGCCAGCCACCAUCACCACCAAGGGAGGCAAUCCUGUCAUCAGCGUACUCAUUUCCUGGUUCCUUGUACAGUGCGUCCUGCUGGUGGGAUCUCUGAACGCCAUCGCGCCGAUCACGUCCGUCUUCUUCCUCUUGUCGUACGCCGCCACCAAUCUGGCCUGUCUGGCCUUGGAGCUGGCGUCUGCUCCCAACUUUAGGCCGACGUUUGUGUACUUCUCGUGGCACACGUGCUCCCUGGGCCUGCUUGGCUGCAUGAUCAUGUGCUUCCUCAUCAGCCCCAUCUACACCAGCAUUGCCAUGGUCCUCAUGCUGGUGCUGGUCAUCCUGCUACACUUCCGCUCGCUGCCCACCACCUGGGGCUCCAUCAGCCAGGCCCUCAUCUUCCACCAGGUGCGUAAAUAUCUGCUCAUGCUGGAUCCCCGCAAGUCCCACGUCAAGUAUUGGCGGCCACAGAUCCUUCUCAUGGUGGCCAACCCCAGACAGAGCUGUGAGCUCAUGGACUUCUGCAACGACAUUAAAAAAUCUGGGCUGUACGUCAUUGGCCAUGUGAAGACUGGCAAGCUAGAGGACAGCCACUCUGACCCGGUGCUGGAAGAGACGCCUCGCUGGCUACAGCUGAUCCAGCACAUGAAGAUCAAGGCCUUCGUUGAGCUGACGCUGGCGGACACGGUGUCCGAGGGAUUCCAGCACCUGGUCCGGAUCGCCGGGCUCGGCGGCAUGAAGGUCAACACCGUCUGCUUCGGCUUCUACGACGACAGCGUGCCGGGUGACUCUCUCCUCAAAACCAGAGUGCGUAAACGUCGCUUUUUCGGAGCGGUGGAGCGCGGGGAGAUGACGGACAUCGAGUCGUAUUUUGAUGGGCCGCGGUCGACGGGCGAUAAGCUGAUCACCAGCUCGGAGUACGUCAAGUUGAUACAAGACGCGCUCAAGCUUCAGAAAAACGUUUUCCUGUGCCGGAACUUUCAGCUCCUGAACAAAGAGAUGCUGUUGAAGCAGGCCGGCAAGUCCUACAUCGAUGUGUGGCCUGUGAACUUUUUCCGGCCGCAGACGGCCAGCUACUUCGACAACACGUGCCUGUUCAUGCUGCAGCUGGCGUGUAUCCUGAGCAUGCAGAACGGCUGGAAGCAGCACACCCAGCUGCGCGUGUUCCUGUGUGUGCGCACCAUCUCGGAGAACACAGCAGUCAAGGAGAAGAAACUUUCCACCUUCCUCAGGCAGCUCCGCAUCCAGGCACAGAUUGUGGUGGUGUCGUGGGAGCACAUCCAGCACCACCUCCGACAUGGCAGUGACCUUGAGCAGUCGUCGGGGAAGUCAAUCGUCGUUGACGACGCCGAGGAUCGGGGCAACCGGAUGAACGAGUACGCCGAAGUUCCCGACGACUAUCUGGAGGCUGUGAAGAGUCUGGUCCAGAGCAACUCCCAGCGAGCGGCGGUGACCUUCGUGUACCUGCCCCGCCCCCCAGUCCUCCCCGAUGAGCAGCUGCGGUACAUGCAACAGUUGGCCGUGGUCUCGGAUCUGUCGCACCCCACGGUGCUGGUCCACGGGCUGCACCCGGUCACCUCCACCACGCUAUGAGAGUCUUCGUGUAGCCCCAAGUGUUGCCCUACAUGUAGCCCAGGUGUAUCCCAGGUGUACAUGUAGCCCACUCGUAUCCCCAGGUCUCUCUUCUCACUCUAUGAUUUAACCGUUUAACCAACCAUUGAUGAUAGCUGUUUCCCCUUCAUUUUUUUUUUUUCCAAAUUUUUUGUAAUUAAAAUUCUUUUUUUCUUAUUUAAAUUUUGAUUUUUUUUUUUUUUUUCAUUUUUAAAAAAAUGUACAUUUCCUGUAACUGAAGCAACCCAUUUCUUUACUGUCAUAGCUCCAGUGUUCAAAUUGUUGGUUGUUUUUUUUUUUUUGGGGGGGGGGGUUCUCUUUUGUGAGACAUGACAUGUUUUGUUUUUCAAGUGUACGCUGUCUUUAAGUGUACUUGGGAGUUGUGGUCCUUUGUACACCAGAUGACUCUAUAUUUAUACUGACUACCUCUCGCUCUCUCUCUCUGACUGUCUAUGUCUCUUCCCCUCCCUCUUUCUCUCUUUUUCUAUCUCUUGCUCUCUCUCUCUCUCUCUCUUUCUCUCUUUUUCUAUCUCUAUUUUUCGGGUGGGAUGUGUAUAAAAAAGGUUGCCAUAUGAACACUUUUGUUACUUCAGGUGGUAUGUGUAUGCGGUUUUUUAUUAUAGAUAUAUAUGUAGAUUCUAUAUGUAUAUUGUUUAAAUGCUGCCUGAAGUUUCCAUGAAUGGGAAUGUUUGAAAAUAAUGUUUGAAAAAAUAACUUUUUGUCUAUGCCAAGCUACGCAAGGUAGUUCUCUCUCCUACAAAGGAAUCGUCGACAAUUUGUUCGCAAUACUGGAAAGAUGUCGCCAGCAAUGUCACUCAGUUAUUGACAUCCAACCAGCAAUAAUGUAGAUGUCACUACCGCCAUUUUUAAGGAUGCUUAUUUUUGUAUUCGGAAAAGUGAACUAUCUUUUGAUGUAGAAUCCUUGGUCUACGUAUGUCUGUCGUAAAACAAGAUUUUGCUUUGAGAGUUUCUCCUCUCAUUGUACACUAAGUUUGGGAAAUGUUUAGUAAAAGGUAGGACUAAAGAAAUUAAUCUGCAAUAGCAGCAAGUGAUACCAAAGUACUGUGUCUUCUUUGUUCUGAUGAUUAUGUCUGUUUUCCCAUUCUGUUACUGUUAUUUUUACUGUUACUGUAGGUGCAAUAUGCUACACGAACUUUUUAUGAGCAGUGAGACCAUAAAUCGAGGAUGAAGAAGUAAAGCCAUUCUUGUGGUAUUUUGAAAUGGCAAAUAUUUAAAGCUGAGCUGAACACGUUCAAAGUUUUGAGACCAUGCAAAUCAGUGCAGCGUUGUAGUGCAGCUGCUGUAAGUUUGCAUGGAAAGCUCCAUGAGCUGUCACAGAAUGAACAGUGUUCCUUGAUCUGGGCUCUCGGAACAGACCCAAAAAUGAUGAAAUGUUCGGUUCUUGACCAAGUUUUGAAUACAGAACAGAUAUUUAUUGUUUGAAAAAGGUAGCAUAUCUUAAUUUUUUGAAAAAGUUGCAUUGGCUUUGGCAGAAAAUGCUCCUGGGUGAAAGGUCAACUAACUAGUUGAACGAGUUAACGGUUACUACGAAGAUAUUACUCAUUUUUCUAAACUCUUUAAUUUGUGAAGUUUUAAAUGCUUUUGAAAAGGCUAUCCCAGUCUGUAGUCUCUGCCAAUUUGCUCAUUUAAGUUUUUUUAUUUGACAUUCCAUAGUGGCUGAAAUGCACUUGAAAAAGCUAUCUCUAUCUGAAGUAUCUGCCAAUUUGCUUAUUUGAGUUGGGUUUUUUUAAAUUUGACAUUCCAUAAUAGUUUUCAGGACUAAGAUUCUUGUCAUUCUGAUUACAGUUACAGCGAUAAGUUUUUAAGUCUUUUUCAUGUGCCCAUCUGAAGCCUCCUUUGACUUUCCAACAAACCUUUGACUGGCUCACUUGUUCAUUCCAAAUUAUCCAACAGGUCUCUUGUUGGUGUGCAAAAAACGCUACAGUUUAUUUGUCAUAUUCUUCUAAAUAUUUGUCGUUCACUUAUUCCAUCUCUAUCCUUUGACAGGUUCCUAUUUGUAGCUCGGUGAUAUAAAGGUUUAAUGACUUACUGAACAGGGCUGAAAAAAAUCUAGUGACUUGUGACUUGUGACUUGUGACUUGUGACUUGCGAUAAAACAUCUUGUGUUACUAGUGGUACACAUCUUUAUCAAGUUAUCUCUAUGUCGCUGCUGCUUGUUGAUGCAAAGUGAAAGAAAACCCUCCAGUUAAAUAAAUUGGUUUAAUUUUUAAAAAUUUAUUCUGUUAUAAAAUUAUGGUUAACAUUUCAAGAAGUUGCUCAUCGAGACUGCUUAAUUCAUGAGUUGGUCAUAGUGAAAUUCCUCUUACUUUAGUUUUGAAAACUCGUUAUUUUACCAAUUGCUUGAACAUACUCAACCCGUUAGCUCCAGGGAACCUAUUCUGAAAAAAAAAAAGAAUAUAACGAGUGCGACAAAGGUCAACUCUGUUGUUGACGGGAGUCAUUUAUGUUGUUGAUGAGAAUCAGUUUAGCUUUUUGCUUAUUUAUUGAAUUGUUAUUGCUAGGUAUCUUAGAAUGGCAGCAUUAUUCCAAAUGUUAAAUGAUCAAGUUUUGAAAAAUGUUAAUCAUUUUAUUGGGAAAGUUAUAGUGUUCAACUUUGACUGAUUCAGCGUGCAGAUAAUUUUGACUCCGGACACAAAUAAUUUGUGACCACUCCGUUACUUUACGAGUGGUCUCACAGAAAGUUCAUAACGAAAUAUCUAAAUUUGAUAAAACCCUAAGUACAUCAUCUAAAAGUGUUCAGAAUAAAGAAUACUAUUACAAUGACACCAGAAAAAAAAGAGUUGAGAUGUAAGCAGUCA